UUAAUGUAAUAAAAACGGCGAUUGAAAAUUUUUUUUUUUGUUAUUUUAUUUCUCCUAGUUCAAACACAGCGUCAAUAACUACAAGAUUUAUAAAAAUAUUUCUGUUUAAGUAAUCAUGAUUUAUAAUAACUUAAUUUUUUUUGGUUUUUUAAUUUUCGCAAAGUGUUUAACUACAAUUGAAGCUGUAAAUAAUGUUAAAAAUGGAUUGGAGAAAUCUACAGAAGUAAAACAAUCGAAUAAAACACAAAGUUCGCCUUUUGCUUCUGUUGCAACAACUGUUAGCUCGAUAAUUACUGAGAAAGAAGCGUCGAAAGAAAAUGUUGGGACUUCUGAGCGUACAACCGAAGAAAUAGCAACUACUCAUAUCCCAGAGCAAAGAAAAUUUCGGCCGAGUUCGUAUUAUGAAAAUGGCGGAAACUAUGAAGCCGCUCUUGUUAUUCUUCCCACACCCAAAAGUGUUUCAGAGCCAUUUUUAUCUACAACAGAAAGUGUAACUCCGGAGCCAAAAAACGAAACUACUCCAAGAGUCCUCACUCCUGAAGAAAAAAUUCAUCCGAUUAUAUUUGAUUUCAUUUCACGGAUUAAACGUGUUAAAAAUUUAUUAUCUGCAAUUAAUAAAACUUCAACUCCGAUGGUUCACCCAGUAGAAACUUUUUUCAACCCAAGAGACCCUAAUAAUCCGAAAUUAAAAUAUUUCGAAGACUUCUACCGCGAAGUUCUGAAUGUUAGUGAUACCGAUAAUACCAAUACUACAAAAGAUCAUCGGGAUAGCAGCUUCAUUAGAGCUUACUACGCAAAGAAAAAUUUCCCCACUGCUAUAGACUAUUCUAAGGAGGACGACAGUGUUAUUACAACUCUAGGCGGUCCGGAAAAUCAUGAAACACCCAAGAGAUCGCCUUUUAACACUAAAGGCAUCUACAGUCCAAAGUAUAAACAAUUUUCUAAAUUUCACUAUGAAUUCUUCCCCUAUUAUAACGGUUCGAAAAUAAUCGUACCGAUUCAUACUUGAAUUUUUAAAUAUUUA